GGGGCGCAGGGUUGGACGGGUCCAGGUCAGGAGCAAGGGGGCGGAAGCGGCGGCGGCUGUCAGAGCUGGAGAAGGGCCGGGCGGAGUGGCCAUGGAGAGUCAACGCUGGCUGCCGCUGGAGGCCAAUCCUGAGUUUCUCAAACAAUUAGGUCUGCAUCCUAACUGGCAGUUUGUUGAUGUAUAUGGAAUGGAUCCUGAACUCCUUAGCAUGGUACCAAGACCAGUGUGUGCAGUGUUGCUUCUCUUCCCUAUUACAGAAAAGUAUGAAAUAUUCAGAACAGAAGAAGAGGAAAAAAUAAAAUCUCAGGGACAAGAUGUUACAUCAUCAGUAUAUUUCAUGAAGCAAACCAUCAGCAAUGCCUGUGGAACAAUUGGACUAAUCCAUGCUAUUGCCAACAAUAAAGACAAGAUGCACUUUGAAUCUGGAUCCACCUUGAAAAAAUUCCUGGAGGAGUCUGCAUCAAUGAGCCCUGAAGAACGAGCCAGAUACCUGGAGAACUAUGACGCCAUUCGAGUUACUCAUGAGACCAGUGCCCAUGAAGGUCAGACUGAGGCACCAAAUAUAGAUGAAAAAGUAGAUCUUCAUUUUAUUGCAUUAGUUCAUGUAGAUGGGCAUCUCUAUGAAUUAGAUGGACGGAAACCAUUUCCAAUUAACCAUGGGGAAACUAGUGAUGAAACUUUAUUAGAGGAUGCCAUAGAAGUUUGCAAGAAGUUUAUGGAACGUGACCCUGAUGAACUGAGAUUCAAUGCCAUUGCUCUUUCUGCAGCUUAGCUUGUCCAGAAUGGAAACACCAAAUACUGUAUUAUUUGCAACAAAAUUAAAUUUCUUCUGCCAUACACUAACUCAAAAAUUUUGAUAUUUUCAUUAACUUGACUGAUUAAACUUUAUGUGAA